GAAACUUCAUUAAAAUAUUAUCAAACAGGGUCAUUCCACUUCAGUUUUCUUCUGAUGCCUCAUUGUGAUGUGAAGGACAUCUUGUGUUCUUGAAGUCUAUGCCAACAGAUUGCAUCUCUGACAGGUCCUACCAAGCUGGAAAAGCUUCAAGUAUGGACCAGCUCCUGACAGAGAAGCCCCCCUAGUGCUGAAGUGAGAAAUGAGCCGAUUCUUGAACGUGCUACGUAGCUGGUUGGUUAUAGUAUCCAUUAUAGCCAUGGGGAACACACUGCAGAGCUUCCGAGACCACACCUUCCUCUAUGAAAAGCUGUAUACCGGCAAACCAGACCUUGGUCUGACAAUCUGUGCAAUGUUCAACACAAAGUCCCCUACCUCUGCAAAGAAAGUAAAUGGCCUCCAAGCCCGGACCUUUGGCAUCUGGACUCUGCUCUCGUCAGUGAUUCGCUGCUUCUGUGCCAUCGAUAUCCACAACAAGACGUUUCUCUGUCUUUGGAAUGCUGCUUGGACUACAGUACCUGGAGGUAGAGCGAGUGUCCCGGCACAAGAAGAGAAAAUGAAGCCCUGUGUACAUCUGCGGUUUGCCAGCAUCACUUACCCAUGGCUGAGCCUUCCUCUACUGUGUUCUCUCCCCACCUAUCCUGGUGUCUUUUCUCUCCUUGGCCAUCAGCCUCCUUUUGCGCCCCCAUUCUCUUAGUAUUUUGAAUUACGGCCACAGCUAGGUUUCCCCUUCCUGACCUCUACCUUCAUUUUUGGUUUCAUCAAUUGAUUUUACUUUUGUGGAGAGAAGAUGAGAGGUGGAAAUCCUAAAGCUGUCAUCCUGUCACAGAUAAUCUCUAAUAGAACUUUGGUAUCAGGGACUUGACUAAUCAGAAUGGGGUCUCCUCUCCCACUGGGACCAAGAUUCUUCAAAAUUAUUAAGAUGAGAAAAUGGCCCUGUGAACCAGCAAACCCAUAGAAAUCUAUGUGUUACUUCUGAGUUUGGAGAGGAAAGAUCUGUGUCUUAUUGUAGACCUUAUGAAAAUUGAUGUCUAUGUAGGUCGUUUUGUAAUAAACGGUAAACAAACA